GUCACAAUCUUAAUAUAGUGGAUAGUUCGUUAAUUAGCACAAGUCUGUUAAUCUGUUAAAAACAGAUAUAUAAACACAACUAUCUCGUGGUAUAUGGUUUAAUGCAAUUGAAAUAAGAACUAUUAUUAAGUAUUCUCUGCUGCUCCUAUCUCUCUGUUUCUUCUUUCUUUUUGUAGAAUUAUAGAUUAUAUUAAUCAAUUGACAUAGCUUAACAUGGUAUCAAAGUAGAUUAUUGCUCACGCUUGAAAUUUCUUGAUCCUCUGUUGCUUUCGCAUUUUACUAUUACUUUCUCUGCACUCACAUAUUAUUCUUCAUAUUUGGAGUAUAUAGUGCUUCAUUGUGAUCUUCAUCUUGAGUUGUAUUUCUUUCUACAACUUGCACAGCAAGUGUUUGGUGUAUUGUCUCAUCCACGAAUUAAACUUGAAAUCCUAAUGGUGACUGCUUUGCAACUCCAGGUGCUUCAAUCUCCAGUUACAGCUCUCAUUUCCUCCGUUCCUAUAUCAGUCAAUGUCAAACUUGAUGAAUCGAAUUACCUCAAUUGGAACUUCCAAUACAACUUUUACUUGAAAGUAAUGGAAUUAUGGGGUAUGUUGAUGGUUUGCUCCCUUACCCACCUCAACAUUGUUCAUCUCAGCUGAAUCUGGUAUCAUUUCUUCUUCCUCUCAAUCUGAUGAAUAUAUAGUAUGGAAAAUGCAUGAUAGAGCAAUUAUGCAAUUGAUUACUGCCACAUUAUCACCGAUUGCUAUGUCCUGUGCAAUUGGUAGCACUAGCUCUAAAGUUUUGUGGAUUAGAUUAAAGGAACAAUUUUCCACUAGGACUAGUAUUUUUCAGAUGAAAUCCAAUCUGCAAACCAUUAAAAAGGGUUCAGAUUUAGUUUCACAGUAUCUUCAUCGAAUUAAAAAGGCUAGGGACUACUUGUCUGCUGCUGGGGUAUAUUUUGCAGAUGAAGACAUUGUGAUUCUUGCCUUGAAUGGCUUACUUGCUGAGUAUAAUACUUUUAGUUGUGUUACAAGGGGAAGAGAAAGUGUGAUCUCAUUGAAGGACUUUCGCUCAUAAUUGCUUGCAGAGGAAGUGAUUAUUGACACUUCAGUUAAUUCUGCUUUCCUGUCAGCUAUGGUUGCUAGCACAAGUGAUACAUACACACAAGGGAGUUUCUCUCCACAUCAUGGGCAGUCUCAGGUGUCUGCUAGACAGUUUCAGCCAUAUAAUGGAAACAAGAAUAGGGGUAAAGGUCGAUUUCCUCAGGGCUCUCGAUUCUUUGCUUCUAGACUAGGUUUUUCCUCUAUGACACCUGUGCUUUCCAACUCAAAUUCUGGAAUCCUUGGUUAAUCCCCUGCUCAGCAAUUUUGACAUCCUUCUGCACUUAUGAUUCCAAUCUGUCAGCUAUGUAACUCUAAGGGACACACUGCUCCCUUCUGUAGAGCUUCUCCUCCUAAGAGAACCAGAUGCAACAUCUGUGGUAGAAGUAAUCAUACCUCCUGGUAUUGCUUUUAUAAUGAUAAGGGUCCAAAUUACAUUGCUUUGUAUUCUCCACAGUCAUCCUUUUCUCUGCAGCCACAGUCUCUGCAGUAUCCUCCAUAUUCGGCUCCCUCUUCACAGAACAGGGAAGUACAUCAACCUCCUAUGCAAGUUAUGCAGCAAUAUACUCCAUAUCAGGCGUCAUCCUCACAGAAUCGGGAAGUACAACAAUCUCCUAUGCAAGCUAUGCAUACAGUGAUUCACUCUGUCUCUCCAGCAUCUUGUUCAUUAGGAUCUUCUCAAGUGUGGCUCACCGAUUCUGGUGCUACGAAUCACAUGACGGCUGAUUUAGCAAAUCUAUUGCUGGCCUCCCCAUAUCCAUCCACAGAAACCAUUCAUAUUGCCAAUGGUGAAGUACAAAGCAUAGGAAGGAUCCUUUACAAAGGGCUGUGCAGUAAUGGAUUGUAUCCUAUCCACUCUUUCUCACCUGCAACCUUCCAACAGCCUUAUCAAGCUACAACUUAUCUUGGUCAACUCAUUCAGUCCAUCUUGUGGCAUCAUAGGUUAGGUCAUCCUAUAAAUAAUAUUGUUUCCUUGAUAUCAAAUAAAGCUGACGUGCAUGUCUCUAAAACACCUACACCUCUUAUGUGUCAUCCAUGUCUUAAAGGAAAGUUUAGUAAACUACCUUUUCCACAGCAUGUCAAUAAGUCUGUAAUUCCAUUUGAUACUAUUCAUACUAAUUUGUGGGGUCCUGCACCAUCUAUUUCAGUUGAUGGUUAUAGAUACUACACUAUCUUUGUUGAUGAAUGUACCAGAUAUUGUUGGAUUUUUCCUUUAGUAAAUAAAUCUGAUUUGUUUUCUACCUUUUUUGUUUUUUAUUCCUUUGUUUUUACUUAAUUUGCCUCUACCAUUAAAACUCUUCAAACUGAUUGGGGGGGGGGGGGGGGGUGAGUAUACCAGCAAUCGAUUGAAACUUUUUCUUCUUAACAAGGGCAUUUCCCAUCGCCUUUCUUG